AUGCACGCGUCCGUGGGCCGCGUCGGCUCGUCCUCAGGCUCGCUGGGCUCCAGCUCCGCCAACGUCGGCUUCAAGGCGCCCUCCACCGCCGUCGAGCGGGUGAUGACCGUGGCGGCCACGCAGAUGAGCUGCGGCAACCCUGAGGAGAACAUCAAGAAGGCCGAGAGCCUCGUGCGCAUCGCCAGCUCCCGCGGCGCGCAGGUCAUUCUGCUGCAGGAGCUGUUCCAGUUCUCGUACUUCCCCAUCGAGCUCAACGCCGGCAACUUCCAGCUGGCCACGACGCUCGAGGAGUCGGCGCUGGUGCAGGGCAUGGCGCUGCUGGCCAAGGAGCUGCACGUGGUCAUCCCCAUCAGCUUCUUCGAGCGCUACAAGAACUCGUACUACAACUCGUGCGCCGUGAUCGACGCCGACGGAACCGUGCUGGGCGUGACGCGCAAGAUGCACAUCGGAGACCGUCUUGGAUACAAUGAGAAGUAUUAUUUCACGCCGUCGGACGACUCCUUCAAAGUGUGGAACACACGCUACGGCAAGAUUGGCGUGGCUAUCGGCUCGGACCAGUGGUACCCGGAGGUGGCGCGCAGCUUGGUGGUGCAGGGCGCGGAGUUGCUGCUGUACCCGAGUGCGAUGGGCAGCAACCAGUACGACCCGAACUUCGACCCGCGUGACCAGUGGCAGCGCGUGAUGCAGGGCCAUGCGGCGGCCAACAUGGUGCCCGUUAUUUGCUCCAACCGCGUGGGCAGUGAGGUGGUGGACGGUAUUCAGGUCACAUUCGUCGGCUCCUCGUUCAUCACAGGCCAGACCGGCGAAAUGCUCAAGAUCGCUGACCGCGAGUCUGAAGGCGUGCUCGUGGAGAGCUUUGACCUCGAAAAGUUCCACGUCCGACGAGCCAGCUGGGGCCUUAUCCGCGACCGCCGGCCCAACAUGUACGGCGCUCUCAUGACGCGUGACGGGCCGCAGUAAAGCUCUUCGAAAUACCACGCCUUCACGAGGGGGUACGGCAUUUUGAGCUUCGAGGGUUGCAACUCAGCGAACAAGUCCUACCGAUCCACAGAAGCUUAGAAAGCAGGUGCUGGCCUGCCAAGCCAUGUCAUGUCGUCGACGUAUCGUCCGGCACGCAGCAACAUCCAAGACAACACAAGCAAAGGUAGCCCUCUAAAUGUAGCUCUGUGCCAAACUUGACCCUGUUC